AUGGAGAAACUCGGUUUAAAAAGCACUUUUCCGUAUGAAUAUGGCUUUGACUUUAAAACGACAAGACUGGAAAUUCUAAAUUCUACAAAAAGUGAAACAGCUCUUUUGUUUUCCGGUUUAAGUAGAAUUUUGGCCAGAAUUUUGAAAUACUCGUAUAAUUUUUUAGCUUCUUUUUCCCUCGCCAUCAAAGUUAUUACCGAAAGUGUGGCCACAGUCGGCUCCCGAGAGUAUGCUAACAGUUUACAGAUUGAUGCAACAGAAAGAGAUGACGAGGAAGAUGUUUGGGGAUCGAUAGUGCUCUUAGGGGUAAUUUUUAGCAGUUUAAUCUAUUCGUGUAGUGGAAAGAAUACUUUUAUGAAGAGGCGUGGUAACUCAACUGAAGGUGAUGAAUGUAGUUUCAAGGCCAGCAAACCUUUAUCAAUUAUAAUUAACAUUAUUGGAAAUAGUCCCAAUAACAAGGGUAUUUUUGUGGAAGAGAAAAAUUAUGAAAAGUUUAUGGAUUUACAUUUGAAGGAGUCUGUUUUCGACAUCUGUGUUCCAAGUGUAGUAGACUUCAGCCAAACUGAAAAAGUUUUUGUGCCUGAUGAUUUUGGCAGGCUCAGCCUUUCAAGUAACGAAAAUACAACGGAGGCAUUAGUACAGGCAACUCAGACACUUUCCGACAUUAAAGCACUGACAAACAGCACACUGACCAAUAGCGCGAGAGGAGAUUUUUUGAAAGAAACAGAAAGAAGUAUAAGUAAAGGAAAGGAAGUGGUUAAACAUUCCGUGGGAUACAAUAGAUCUCUGCUUCAUUACGCCAAAAAAUGUGUGCAUAAAAGAAAUGAAAUCAUGGGAGGAUUCCCUGUUCAAGAGAAUGCAGAUUCUGUGGGUAAGAAGAUUCAUAAUAUAUGUGAAUCUACUUUAAUUAUGGAGAACCGGCUAAGCAAUGAAGUUUUCCUGGCUUUGUUCGAGAGAGAACCUAUAUUUUUUAUUAGCAGCCUUUCAAUUGAAGAAAUGAGAGCAUAUGAAGAAAAACAAAAGCUAUUCGAUGAAAUGCCUCAUGGAGACCUUGGUUUUUAUGAUGAGAAUAAAAUUAUUACUAGAACCUACAAUUUGCUUAAAGUCGACAGUCAAAGAAAUUGGUCAAUGAAGCGUAAUAUUUCAGUUCCCUCUAAAAAAAUGGUAAUGAACGAAAAAGGCGCAGCCUCUACUUUGUUGUGGUACUCCACUCAUCUAUAG